ACGCAUGGCUUAGCAAAUCAUUUAUCCCAUGCGGCCAAUGAAGCUACAAGCCGAGGCUUUGUAAUUCGAGCUGAUAAUUCCAAAAACAUAGUUACAAGUUCGUUUUCUACCUUCUAAAACUACUAAAAACUCAACAUGACUGACGAGGUCAAUCCGAAGGCGUACCCUCUGGCCGAACAGGCGCUUACUUCGAAGAUCAUGACACUCAUUCAGCAGGCGGUUAACUACAAGCAGUUGCGCCGCGGAGCUAACGAAGCCACCAAAACCUUGAAUCGGGGUCUGUCCGAGUUCAUCGUGAUGGCUGCUGAUGCAGAGCCGAUCGAAAUCAUCCUCCAUUUGCCGCUCUUGUGCGAGGACAAGAACGUACCGUACGUGUUCGUUCGCUCUAAGCAGGCUCUGGGUCGAGCAUGCGGUGUUUCGCGUCCGAUCGUUGCUUGCUCGGUGACUAUCGACGAGGGAUCGCAAUUGAAAUCUCAGAUCGUGUCGAUUCAGCAGGAGAUCGAACGUCUGCUUGUAUAAAAAGGUAAAGCUUUUCUGCCAUAUUCGGCAAAGUACAAACCGUAUUAUGACGCAUUUUAUUUGUUUUUAAAAUAUAAUGCGCAGUGAAACGUGAAACUAUAUACAACGUUUUACGAAUAAAAUCCGUAA